AUGAGUACUCUGAAUAACACUCAGGAUGCCUCCAGCGCACCAAAUUUACGUACACUCCCCAAUGAGAUAGGUCUAUCUGUCUGUGGUGACGACUCCGGUGACUACUACACCGUCAUCUACACUCGAGGUCAGCUGGAUCGUGGAGGGGUAUUUGGACAGGGGCAGAUCGAACGUAUCCCACUUCGACACAAAUGCAUAGACAAAACACCUGUCAUUGACGGCAAGAUCGAGAUUCUGACGUCUGAGAACUUGAGCUGGAAGCAAGCUCUCGAACAACAUCGACUGCUGCAUCAGCUUCAUCUUUAUGAUAGAUAUCUCAACCCUGAUCUUGUUGAGUUAAUGAGAGCCGUCUGGAGUCGACACAACAACGGAAAUCUGGAUCUCGGAGCAUUUCGCCGUGAGGUCGGAAAUCUUCUUGUUCUUGCCGGUAAUAUCAUGGAUGAUAUUCCCUUCGCUAUUGAUGCUUAUGGUGGAAUUGAUGGUCCUAACUGUAAUGCCUAUGUCAAGAAGCUGCAUGCGGACGACGAUCGUCUCGCGUGCCAACGACAACGCCACGCCAUGAUUCUAACCUCUCCCUGGGCAUUAGAUAACGAACAACUACUCGAAGAAAUGAAAGAACAUGAGUAUCUUAUCUCUCAAGUCUCCCAUAAUAUCGAUGCUGACAUGCACAUCGCAUUCCAUCACGUCUUGUUUCACAGACAAGAUGCGGAUCGUCUAGCUCUUCUUCAGCUGGACUGGUCCCUGAUGACUGGCCUUGAGAGCCUUUGUCUUGAUCUUUCAGGGCCCUGGACCGAUGGUCCCAACGCGGCACUCAAGUCCUUUUGUGUUGAGAUGGGAAGACAUCUGAAGCUCAAGACACUUGUUGUUCUUGGCCUUCCGGUGCGACAGGAAUACUGUAAGUUGGGCAAGGACUUUUGGGCCAAAACCCUCGAGAAACAGGAGUAUGUCCCGAGCACUGUCGUCAAGAGCCACUCCGAAGACAGUGGCGAGAGCGACGAAAGUGAUGAAAGUGAUGAUGAUCCUGAUGAAGAACUCGUCGGAUUCCCAACAUACAUCUAUUGGCUGAAGGACUGUCUUCAGCCUGGCGGCCAGAUCCAUUUUGUGAUGCAGUAUGAAUCAGAGACGGAGCCGUAA